GACUGUCAAAACCGUUCAAAAUAUCUUCGGAUUGUUUUGACGAAAAAUUAGUGAAUUUUAAUAAAAUUUUUGAUCUUGUUUAGUGCAAAUUGACGAUUUAGCAAAGCAUUCAAUUAAAAAUGAUAACAGACGCGCUAGGGGACUUGGAAAAAUGUGUGGACACCGCAGGAACUCAGCUGGACUCGUUGGCGCUGAAGAUCACCGACGUCGAAAAGAAUCUCGACGACAACGACAUGGAGGGACUGGAAACUGGAAUGAUGGAACUGCUGGAGUCAGUCACCGAGGUAAAAAAUGAGUAUCAAAAUCUACGGAAGGACCUUCAGGAAGUCCAGCAGCUGCAGAAGGAGAUGACCUGUUCACUAAGGUAUCAAUUACGCACUAUGACCCAAACAUUCCACGUAUUGAAGAAGAAAAUCGAAGCGAACAAUUUGCCCAUCACAUCGCUUCCACUGCCAUCGUCAUCCUGCGCCAAACAGGUUCCACCCGCCGAGGGCGGAAAUGCGGCCACAAAAAUGCUUAAUCGUCACAAAAAUUGAAACCCAUUUCGUUCUAUUAUCAAACCGUUUUUGUCGACGUUCGUUAUUCGUUGCCUGUCUGCUCAUAAUAAGUUGGCCUGCCGCCUUUUAUUCUUGGACUGAUUUAUGUGUGUCGUAUUCUUCUUCCUCCCUGCCGCGCCCGUUGGCCGUUAGUUGCGCGCGUGCUUAGUGCUUACCUACUUAAGUUAUUUUCAAAUCACACAUCAUUCAAAGACCGUUACAAAAGCGAUAUCUGAAAGCGGCCCCAAAGGACAAGGCCUGAUCAACAACCGGAAGACAGUCCGGUUUUCAUUUUCUAGAUCAUCCCAUUCGGCGGCCAUCACCUUUAGAUAACACUAGGGCAUGCAUCCCUCCCUAUAGUAUUAGUCACGAAUCUGUAACUGAACCGAGAAGAGCCGGAAAAAGUGUAUCAGUCAUAAUAGGAAAAUUUCCCCAGAAGACGAGAAACAGCCUAGUUCGUUUCAUAUUCUUCGGCUAAUUUAUUAGUUUUUAUAUCUAGCUUUUUUUAACCUAUCCAAUGUGUAUUUCUCAUGCAAUACUUGACUUAUUUUAGAGAUCAUUUUUAUUGAAUGCAUUAACAAACUUUAUUCUAGUGAUAAAAAGCAUGCUCCGCGAAUGAAUAAUCCGUGAGAUUUCGGCUGUGAAAGGCCUUGUGAUUGUGACUACAAAUCUAGCAAUUGGAACGAUUAGUCCAAUAAUUUAACAAAAAAUCAUCUAUGAUUUCUUCUGGGCAUUCCUUUAUGAUUUCCUCCAGUUAUUACUACGGCAAGUAUUCAGUGUUUGAAUCUAAAUGUAUUUGAAAAGUGCGAUCAGUAGUUAUCAACGCCAACCACCACUAUCAUCCAAGGAUGGGAAAAACUCAUUCAAGUGAGUGCGUAUCCACAGACAAACAGACGUAACACUCUUCAAAACGGCUUGGUAUAUGCAUUUAACGAUCAAUUCAAAUUUCAUUUGAUUUGCGCCAUCGUUCCACCAGAUGCGCUACACUGAACGAAAACCCCAUCCCGAAAUCGCCUGAUUUGUCCGACCAACCAUUCCAAAUUACCAAAAUUGUGUUCUCGAAUGACAUAUCAGUCAUACGGCAAUCAACCUAAAAAGCCGAUGACGAUCAUCUUGUUCGCGUAUGAGUCGACGCACGCUGUGUAAAUGAUUAUUAGUUGCAGAGCGUAGGCCGCUCAGAUGCACCGAAUUUAUUCAUCGAUAGCGUAACAAGUUCCUUGAUCGUGACACCCGGGUCGUUGACGAUUUUGCGUCGCAUGUCUUGGACAUGCCAUCUUUUUUUGAAAAGGAUGCCCGCUAGGGUAUCAGUAUACGUUGUGGUCACAAAGCACAUCAUUUUUUUGGAAAAGAUAGCGGUGACAUUCUUGUUAUCAAUCGCUAAAAAACAAGGUUGCUCGACCAUAUGGUUGACAUUCAAUUUUCAUAUCACUGUCAUCCGGUUUUAGGAUGACAUCAUUCGGUCGGUGGACCAUACGGUUUCCGACCAAAUGUCGUUAAGGGGCGUGAUCGUAUCGCCUCUCAGUCGAUCUUGGGCGGGGAGUUUCGUUCAGUGUAGUGUCCGAUCGCUUUGACGCAAUGAGAGUAUAAUGGAGGUGUGGAAGAGAUGCUGUGUGUGCGUGAGAUCCGUGUUUGGUGCAAAACAUGUCACUACUACAAGCAAAGCGAGCUCCCAUAAGAACGCGUGUCAAAUAGUGACGUCACUAUUUUUGUUUACAUUUUUCUUUGCUUACUAAUACAUAGUCAUCUCUUCUUCUUCCUCACCUGUAAUAUACUCUCAUUGGCUUUGACGUUUGCCAGUGUACACGUUGCUGAAUGAUGCAAACGAAAAUUACAGGCAAUUUGUGUAGUAGUGUGCGUGUCAACAAAACGUCAGAUCGAAAUCCAUCAUGGCCGUCAGUGUCGCGCGCGGCUCUACUAACAGGUGGCAGUGUGCUCAUGAAAAUGACACCGGGCAAAAGUUUUUCUUCGUCGGUUUGUUCAAGGAUUAUCUGGUUCCUAAAUUCGUUUAAGGGUCUUUCCGUAGAAGGAAUAAAGUUAUUAUCGUCCGUGUCUGCUGAAUGUUGAGUCAUGUUAUCACUUUCUUCAGAUGUCGAGUGUGCGUUAAUUUCCUGUUUUUCUACUUGUUCUGAAUUAAUUCGUGAGAGAGCGUCUGCGUUACCGUUCAAAGUUCCUUUUUUGUAUUUGAUGUCGAAUUCCAGUUCUUCAAGAGCUAAUUUCCAGUGAAGUAGUCUUCUGUUCAAGUCAUUUUUCUGUCUAAGCCAUACUAGAGGUUUAUGAUCAGUCCGUAUCUCGAAAUGGGUGCCGAAAAUAUAGGGCCUAAAAUGCUUUGUUGCCCAGACAAUUGCCAAAAGUUCUUUUUCUGUAGCGGAGUAAUUACAUUCAGUUUCGUUUAAGAUCCUGGAGGCGUAUGCAAUUGGGUGUUCUUUACCAUCAUCAAAUUUCUGAGAUAAAACGGCUCCUAAUGCGAAAUCGCUAGCGUCUGUUUUCAAAAUAAAUUUCUUAUUAAAAUCGGGAUAUUUUAAUAUCGGGUCGGUUGUCAAAAGAUGUUUGCAAUCGUUGAAACAACUGAUGAACUUAUCAUUAUGGAUAAUUUUUGCAUCUUUCUUAAGGCACUUCGUGAGGGGUUUGGUUAAUUUAGCAAAGUCGCGAAUAAACUUCCUAUAGUAACCGAGUAUACCUAAAAGUCCUUUAAUUUGAGUGGUAGUUUUUGGUAUUGGCCAGUCAAGAUUUUUUUCAAUUUUAUUUGGAUUAGGUUUAAUCCCAUCUUGAGUAACUAUAUGACCUAAAAACUCGCACCCUUAUUUUCAAAAAUUCGCAUUUAUCCAGUUGCACCUUAAGGUUUGAUUUUAUAAGCCGUUCCAAUACUUUGUUGAGGUUUUCCAAAUGUUGUUGUAAAGAACUUCCAAAAAUGAUGAUGUCGUCUAAAUAAACUAGACAACAUCGUCCAACUAGAUCCCCAAGAAUGUUAUUCAUGGCUCGUUGAAACGUAGCCGGGGCAUUUUUCAAACCAAAGGGCAUUCUGAUGAAUUCGAAAUGUCAUUUAUCUGUGCUGAAUGCAGUUUUCUGUCUAUCAAAUUUCUCCACCUCAAUCUGGUGGAAACCAGAUUUUAGAUCAAUUGUUGUAAAAUAGACACUUCUCCCUAGUUUGUCCAAAAUUUCCUCGAUAUUCGGAAUGGGGAAUUUAUCGUCGAUGGUUUUCUCGUUUAGCUUACGGUAAUCGACUACGAUUCUCCAUUUUUUCUUUCCGCUUGCAUCGGAUUUUUUUGGAACAAUCCAUAUAGGAGAUGUCCAGGGAGAGAAGGAAUGCUGGAUUAUGCCAUCAGCAAGCAUCUCAUUAAUUUGCCUAUCUACUUCCGCUUUAUGGAUAUUGGGAUAUCUGUACGUUUUGGUAUGUAUUGGGAGAUCAUCCCUUGUUUUGAUACUGUGUUUUAUUGCCGUAGUGCAUGAAAGUUUUUCGCCAUCGUGGUGAAUGAUGUUGGAGUUUGAUUGAAGUAUUUUAAAAAGUUUUUGUUUUUCUUCGGCGUUCAUAUGUUGGGUGCGGAUAAGGCUGUCGAAAUUAUUCACCCUAUUAGAACAUUCAUAAUGCACGUUAUAGAAUCAGUAUGAUUGAUUUCUGUCAGAUCUGAAAUUGGGAGUGUCUUGACGGGAGUUUCCCAACGAAAUGUUACGGAGUCACCUAAAUUUGAAGCUAGUGCAUUAAUGUAGCCAUCUUCUGCAUAGUAUAAACCUGAAGGAAUAAACGCAUUUUCAAUUUUGAUGUCUUUUCGUAAAAAUACGUCACCGAAUUUUUGAGUGACCGGUAUUUUAAUAACUGUAGCAGUAAUAUGGGCAUUUAGAGUUGUAUCAGACGGUCCCAUUUGUCGAAUUUGUAAAUUGAUGGUGUUAUGUGGGAGUAUUAUUUUAUGGUUUGUAACGUCAAGUAGAGCUUCCAAUUCCGAGAGAGUUUCGUACCCUAAGAUACCGUCAAAAAACUUGAGAAAUUUGAACAAAUAAAAUGUAACAUUCUUAUUUUGGCCAAAAAUUUUCGUAAUAAAUUUAAAUUCCGCUUUGUGUUUACCUUUAUUGUUUUUAAUGGUCAGGGGUUUGCACGGUAUUCUCUUUGAAUUUGGAAUGAGAUCAGGGGAAAUGAAACUUUUGUUUGAUCCGCUAUCUAUUAAGACUCUAGCUGUUUUUCCAUGAGGCAGAGUUAUAGUAACGAAAGGAAGACCGUUAACAGCAUUUAUUUCGGAGUGUUGUCCAUAGUAGCCACCUGAAAAUUUGAUUCUUCUUCUUCGCUGUCAGAGGUAUCGGUUGCGAUAGCUUGUUCAUUAUCUUCUUCUUUCUCGGCACCAUGAUUGUAGGGGGCUGUCCAUAGACCACGUUGUCUUGAAGGUGGGGUUUCGGCCUAUGACCGCUUUGUAUGGGCGAAAAAAAAAAAUGUGUAUGGAAUAAUGACCACGCGGGGGGGGUUGAGAAGUCCCAAAAAAAUGACCACGUGGUUUAUGGACAGCCCCUAGAUCCUAUUUUGACGUGAUUUGAGCAAAGAAUCGACUUCCAUUGGAGAAGCUUUGUGUCUGUCUGAUUGAGGUCUAAAUCUUUGCGAACCACUAGCAUUAUUUUGGAAAUUUUCUUGCGGUUUUGAAAAAUUUGGUUUAAAUUGUUCUGAAUUUUGCCUAAAAUUAUUUUUUGAAGUUUGCUUGCUGCAGUGGGGAGUAUCAGAUGAUUUACUAGUGAAUUUCUUAGUUGUUUCUGCGCACUGGAAGCGGCAGAGAAAUGCGUAUGCUGCCUUCAAAUUAUCUGGUUGGGCAGUUUGCGCAUACCCACACGGAGAGACGAAACUACCCAAAAGUGGGUUCUUUCCACCCAACUUCGGGGUUGCGUGCGUCAAGCCAAUUUUGAGUUGAUGGAAUCGAUGUUUUUGUUGGGUUGUUCCCGCUUGCUUCCAUGUGAAAAAAAUACCUAAUUUUAAGUUUUUUCAACUCAACCGAAAUUUUGACUAGGUUGUAUUCACUCAAAUUUGAGUACUGUGCUAGAAACUCAGUUUUGGCUUGACGCACGGAACUGCAAAAGUUGGGGUGUUUCUCUCUUCACUCUCUGACAACAAUAGAAAGAGCGCAUGAAAAGGGAGAUGAAAAAGAACUCAAAAUUGAGUUUAAAAGUACCUAAUUUUGAGUUUUUCAGUUUCUCCGUGCAAAGUAUGGUUUUCGCAGCCCAUUAUUGAAUGCAGCUAAGCAUUCUUUUUCAAUGAAUUGAUUGCGUCCCAAUGGGCAGCGUAUGUCACAUCUUCCUUGGCUAAGGAUUUAAUGUUAACCAUCAUUUCCUUCGCUUUUCUGUGAUAAACAUGGAGUGAUUCCUCCAUUCGCAUAUUCCAGAUUUGUGUCUGGUACGUAGCGAUAGUAUUUUUAUCGCCAAAACUGUUUAACAACACAUUUGCCGCAUCAUCAAACGUCUGUGGAUUGCCGUUAGAGCAUAAUGUAUCUCUGGCUUCUCCAGUAAUUUUAUUAAUAAUGCACUGCUCGUACAUUAGCAAUGUGUCUGGUGAGACACGGUUUUUAAAUAUGUAGUGCUAAGGUCCGUCGGACCGUUUGAAUCCAAGCUAUAGCUUGAUUUCUUUUCCCAUCAAAGGUAGGUAGGGAUUUUAUUGGGUCUGGUAUUUUGAAAAUAUCAUCUUGUGCCUGUCCGGCGUGUUCGGCGGCUACUAGAUUCACUUGUGGUUGCUGCUGUUGUUGCAGCACCCUGUCGUUUAAAUUAUUGUUUUCGGCUUGGAGCACACCUACGCGUUGCUCCAGGCUUUGGAUUUGUUCGAAAAUAGCUUGGAGAUUUAUCUGCUCCAUUGCACUUUGGGAAAAUUUAAGUCCUUUUACUUUUGGUAAGGGAUUGAAUCUCGGCACAAAAUGAAGGGAGGGAUAGAUGAAAAAACAAAUUGAUUACUCACGGUUCCUCGUUCUUGAAGGAUUGAAAUCCACCGCUCAGCUGAAGGUUGCUGAUUGGAUGGCGCUAAACUCCUACGGGUCGAGGAAUGGCUUCUGAUGUCCUAUUCGUGGAUCGUCGUUGCCGGCCAGCCAAUGUCACGGGUUGGACACUAGUUAAGAUCACUUUCACUCUCUUUCACUAGUCAGGUUGCUUCAACUGUCGUAGAACGAGUCGUACGACUGCGCCACUUAUAUGCUUUCUUUUCUUGAAGAGUUUUUAAAAAAGGAUAUUAGAAAUACUUUAAUCUUUAUUUAUUACUUUUCACAUAAGUCACUUAAUCACAAUCACUGAUCGCUACUACGAAAACCCGAGUAUCGCACGCACGACCGCACUAGUUAGAGGUAAGAAUUAUAUUGAAAAUGAAGUCCCUGCAUAUUGACUAUGGGUCCCUAGCUGGCGAUUGGCUAACUGAUGAGUCAGAAGUAUCGGCCUGGUUCUGCUGCUGAUGUUGUCGUCGUCGUUUGUGUAUGAAUCUGCUGAGUUGCGAGAGUCCGUCGAUGAUGUUUUGAUACCGGCUGUUGCUGGGUCACAUACCGAUCGGCUUUACUGGUUGGUCGAUGAACUGCUGCGUCAGGAGUAUGCAUUCGGUGUGUUUGUUGUGGGGUAAUGUCCAUAACUAUAUAACUGCGAAAAACAUUAGUUUUACUAUAAAAUUGAUCAGUGUUGUGUUUCUUCCAAAACUAGUGAAAAUCCUGGGAGAUUCCCCUUACAAAUUUUAAAUUUCAAGAAAUAGGAAAUUUCUUUAUUUUUUUAAUACAAUGCUAGGCUAUCAGUAGUACGAUACAUAGAAAAGCGUUUAAGAUUCGAAUUCUUAAACGAUUUAAGUUACGUACUUCGUGUCAGUGUUACAAAACAGAGUAUCUCGUUGGUUUGUCGGUGAUUCAUGCUUAGCCCAAAUUGUUCAGUUUAAAAAGCUCAAUGCAAAUGCCUUUCAGAUUUAUUUAAAUUAUAAAAUUUCGUAUGCUUAAUUCAAUGUUAAAUUCCUGUUUUUAAUGUUCAUAGGGUCUGGGACCAUUUGGGCAGGAGCACCUAUUUUGGGCACUUGCUGCUAUAACUCAGUCAAUUUCAAAUCGAUUGACUUGAAUUUUUGCGCAUGGCUAGAUACUGUGCGUAUCUGAUCGUGUCUCAAAAAUCAAGUCAAUCGGUUUAAAAUUGACUGAGUUAUAGCAGCAAGUGCCCAAAAUAGGCGCUCCUGCCCAAAUGGUCCCAGACCCUAUUUCUUCUUCAUACUAUUUAUCCAUUUGUCCAUAUUUCGCUUAAAGUGACCCAAAAUAUAUGUCUUAACUAUAUUCUAAAUCAUAUACAUACUGCAUAGAUAAGAGAACUGAAUUAUCAGUACAUUGUAGAAGUAGAAUUAACUAAAAAUACAUGUUGUGACCAUGUAUGUCUAUACGCGUUCCGAACUGAUUCCACAUGAAUCGCAUCGUCUAAUGUUGCACAAUAACACUAAUAAAUAUUGAUAGGAGAAAAAUUCACACCCAUUAACUAGUAGAUACGACACAAUUCCACAUUUAUAUAGACGGUCGUUUAGCACUCUUUUUGUGAAAAUUGUAUAACCUAGGAGCAAACAAUGUCUGUAACAGACAAACACAUCUACACUAAAUAUAUCGACACAAUAGAAAAGCGUGUGUGUGCCAAAUCGCAUUUAUUAAUAAGAGCAACAAAUACAUGUCUGAAACUAUGUAUGAAAUUUUCGUAUAGUUAUUACUAGAGAGAUGUUAGUGGAAACAAUUUCAUACGCCUUACAGUUGUAUUGAAUGAAAAGAAAAUCACGAAUCGUUGAAUAACCUGUUUUACACAUUUUAAAAUGUCUUUACACGUUAUCGUUAUUAUUAUUAUUACAAAUAAUUAUAAUUAUAUGGUAUAAUGGAAUAUUUAAGCAAACGUAAACUUACAAAACUGAAACACACAGCGUCAAUCGAAGGAAUUUACAAUAAUAACUUUUCAGCCAGUUGAAUUGUACUGAAUUCGUGACUAUGCUUUUUUAUAUACCAUUUACACUUCAUUGACUAGUUUAUUUGUAUCUCCGUACCUGACAGGAAUGAGAACUAUUUUGAGAGCGAAUCUAUUUUUGGUAUUCACCGGGAAUCAGUCUGCUACAGAAAUAGAUCUUUGCCCUACUUUUUUACUGAUCUUAAAACGUUUUAAAAUGUGUUACAAUAUCAGUACUUUUCAAUCGAAGCACAUAAUGAAUGAAUUGUAGUAGUUCUAGAAAACUCCGCUCUCUGUGAAUGUUGAAUAAGGUGGCCCACACUUAUAUGAAAAACAAAAAUUUCGAAAAAUGCCAAGUCUUACCUCCUCAAUCAGUUGAUCUGGACUCCCAGAAGCUACGUUUAAAAUUUGAGCAAAAUCUGUUGAGCCUAAGGGGGCGCUCAAAACGCUUGAAGUUUGUAUGGGAAAACUUGGCCAAAUGUAUGCAGAAAUUUUAAGUUUUCGAAUUUUGCCGCUAGGUGGCGCUGUAAGCGUUCAAUAAUCAAACCCUUUGGUAUUAUUGUAGGUGACUAUAUGCCAAACAACUUUGUCGAAGACCGCAAAGUGAUCCAACGUCUGUGAAUGUCAUGAUUUUACAAAUAUUUUUCAACUGUAAGAUUUACUGUAGGGAUAGUCAUCUCGAUUUGUUUCUAUCAAUAGUAUCAAAUUUACCAAGAUAAAUUAUCUUUAAAAAUCUA